AUGGCUCCGUCGCUGAAGCGUUCCCGUGAGGAUGAUUCGGAGGAGGAGCUCUUCCCUCAUGAUCCUAAGUCUCUCAAGUACGGAUCCUCCUGGCAAACUGUCCCUGGGACCAUCCCAGACUAUGCGACAGACCUCGAUCAAACCCUUCGCUUUCGCGACGCGGCGCUGACGCCAGUCGACUCGUCUGACGAUGAAGAAAAGCACGAGACCAUAAUCGACACCAGCCCUGCUAAAUUGGUGCACGGCAAUCGACCCCAGACUCUCCAGCUAAGCCCCAGCUCCGCUGCGAAGCAUCUCGCGGUGCUAGCGGGCGGAGACCAACUCUCGCCCUGGCUGGUGAAUGGUCACCACUUGCACAGUAGCCAGCCCUCCCCAAUCCCCCACGGCAUGGUCAGCCAUUCUCUCAACCUCUGCACGACGCCUUCAGCCUUGUCGACCCCAACCUAUUUUCCUCCUCAGCCUGUCGCGUCCCAGCCUCCAGACACCAACAUGAUGGACGUGUCAUUCCACAAAGAAAUGCGACAUUCAUCGCAUCUGCUUCGGCUCCCCAGCCCGGUCAGCGACGACGACGCGGAAAUGGCGAACGGGCAUAACACUCCAACUGACGAGAUGGACAUGUCAUACCCGCAGCAGACAUCUCCGGCGCAAGGGUUCCGACCCAGCAUCCCGCCGAUGGGUCAAUACUCGCGACAAACCCUCGAAGAUCUGAUACAACAGGCUGCCAAGAUCACUCCGACUCAGCGGAAGAGACCCGCGCUGGUCAUGGGUUAUCGAGCUGAUUGCGAGAAGUGUCGUUGUCAUGUGCCCGGGCAUUACAGCCAUAUUGUUCGCGCUUGA